CACUCACUCUCCCCUUCGUUUGAGAACCCUUCAUUGCGCCGCUCUCUCCUUGGAGAGAAAGCCUCGAUUUCUAGGGUUUCUCUCGAGCUAGAAUUUCAGAACCAGGGGUUUCUUCAUUACAUACGGUAGCUGCAAAAGCUAGGGAUUUCUGCAAAGCCUCGAAUUUCUAGAGUUUUGCAGGUUCAUUCUUCUCAGGGAGGGGACAACACCGUACACUGGAGCUGUCAUGGCGUUUGGGCUCUAGAUCUUUCAUGACACGGAUUCGUUGCAUUUGUCUGCAACUUACCUGCUAUGCCAUGCUUGGGUCUGGCUCGAUUCUUGUGCUCUGUGUUAUUAGCUGCUGGUAUAGGGAUUUAUAGGGUUUCUGCAAUGGUUUCGCCUCGUUUAGGGCAAGGUUGAUCAAGGUUGAUCAAGGUUUCUCGCCUUUCAUGGCACUUGGUGACCCCACUGGUCUGGUUUCGAGCUGUUCUGGUGUUGCAGCUAUGUCUGGAGCGGGGCAUUUGGAGGAGCUUGCUGGUGAACAAGGAGAGGAUGGCUAUCAGAGGAGGGAGGCAGAGACCAGUGAGAGUAGUGGGCCUGCAACUACUAGUAUGGCCUAUCUUCCUCAACCUGUGUUUCUUUGUGAGUUGAGGCAUGAGUCUUUCGAAGCUUGCGUGCCUUCUGGGCCAUCGGAGAGUGGGUUGGUCUCAAAAUGGCGGCCAAAGGACCGGAUGAAGACUGGGUGUGUUGCACUUGUUCUAUGUUUAAACAUUAGUGUGGAUCCACCCGAUGUCAUCAAAAUAUCUCCUUGUGCAAGAAUGGAGUGUUGGAUAGAUCCAUUCUCAAUGGCUGCACCAAAGGCACUUGAGACUAUUGGGAAAACCUUGCAUGCCCAAUAUGAAAGAUGGCAACCCAAGGCUCGGUAUAAGCUCCAACUUGAUCCUACUGUAGAUGAAGUGAAGAAACUUUGUCACACAUGUCGCAAAUAUGCAAAAUCAGAGAGGGUGCUCUUUCAUUACAAUGGGCAUGGUGUUCCCAAACCCACUGUCAAUGGUGAAAUUUGGCUUUUCAACAAGAGUUAUACACAAUACAUCCCUUUGCCAAUUCGUGAGUUAGAGUCAUGGCUCAAGACACCAUCUAUAUAUGUUUUUGACUGCUCCGCAGCAGGAAUGAUUGUCAGUGCAUUUACAGAGCUGCAAGAGUGGAGCACAGCUGGUUCAUCUGUGCCUCCAUCAAAGGAUUGCAUUUUGCUUGCCGCCUGUGAAGCACAUGAGACACUUCCACAGAGUGCUGAAUUUCCUGCGGAUGUGUUCACAUCAUGCCUCACGACACCAAUAAAAAUGGCAUUGCGGUGGUUUUGUUCUCGAUCAUUACUUCGGGACACUCUAGAUCACAGUCUUAUAGACAGAAUUCCUGGUCGCCAAACUGAUAGGAAAACACUCUUAGGGGAACUGAACUGGAUCUUUACGGCAGUGACUGAUACUAUUGCCUGGAAUGUUUUACCCCAUGAUCUUUUCCAGAGGCUCUUUAGACAGGAUUUAUUAGUAGCCAGUCUUUUCCGAAAUUUCUUGCUCGCAGAGCGCAUUAUGCGGGCUGCAAACUGUUCUCCUAUUUCAUUUCCAUUGCUGCCUUCAACUCAUCAGCAUCAUAUGUGGGAUGCAUGGGACAUGGCUGCUGAGCUGUGUCUCGCCCAGCUUCCUGUAUUAGUUCGCGAGGAUUCAGAUGUUGAGUUUCAGCCAAGCCCUUUCUUUACAGAGCAACUAACUGCUUUUGAAGUGUGGCUAGACCAUGGGUCUGAGCGUAAAAAGCCACCGGAGCAACUACCAAUUGUUCUGCAGGUUUUGCUUAGUCAAUCUCAUCGAUUUCGUGCUUUGGUACUUCUUGGAAGAUUUCUUGAUAUGGGACCUUGGGCUGUAGACUUGGCCUUAUCUGUUGGAAUCUUUCCAUAUGUACUUAAAUUGCUGCAAACUACAGCUCUGGAACUUCGACAAAUACUUGUAUUCAUUUGGACCAAGAUUUUGGCCCUUGACAAGUCUUGUCAGGUCGAUCUUGUGAAAGAUGGAGGGCACAUGUAUUUUAUUAAGUUUCUUGACAGCUUAGAUGCUUAUCCAGAACAGCGUGCCAUGGCUGCCUUUGUUUUGGCUGUUAUAGUGGAUGGACAUCGUCGAGGACAAGAAGCUUGUGUGCAAGCAAGUUUGAUACAUAAAUGUUUGAGACAUUUGCAGCUGGCAAGCCCACCUGAUACCCAAACGGAGCCUCUGCUUCUUCAGUGGCUCUGUUUGUGUCUUGGAAAGCUGACAGAGGACUUCCCGGAGGCUCAAGCAAUAGCCUUACGGGAAGAUGCCCCCGCUAUUUUUACUCCUCUUCUGUCAGAACCGCAGCCUGAAGUGAGAGCCUCUGCUGUUUUUGCUCUGGGAACACUUCUGGAUACUGGAGCUGAUUCAUUUAGAGAUGCGGUUGCUGGUGAUGAGGAUAGUGAUGAUGAUGAAAAGAAUAGGGCAGAGUUGAAUAUCAUUAGUAGCCUUCUAAAAAUUGUUUCAGAUGGGAGCCCCCUGGUUAGGGCUGAGGUUGCUGCGGCUCUAGCACGGUUUGCAUUUGGUCACAACAAGCACCUGAAGGUUACGGCUGCUGCCUAUUGGAAGCCGCAGUCGAGUUCUCUGCUCAGCUCUUUGCCAUCGCUGACUCAUGUUAGAAGUUCAAGUAGUGGGUUUACUGGCUCUACCCAAUAUUUGCAACCUGUAAAUGUUAUUGCUUCCCAAUUUGGUUCUUUAUUAAGAGUGGGAAGUGACACCAAUACAUCAGGUAGAGAUGGAAGGGUUACAACAAACAGCCCACUUGGAACCAUGCAACAAGGUUCUCCUUUAUCAGAUACUUCUUCUCACCAUUCAGAGUAUGGGAUCUUUGCUAAUGACUCUGCUAGUAAUGGCAUUAUCAACUUUUCGAAGCCAAGAACAGUGGAUAAUGCCAUAUAUUCACAAUGUGUUGUGGCCAUGUAUACCCUAGCAAAGGAUCCAUCCCCUCGAAUAGCAAAUCUGGGCAAGCAGAUCCUCUCCAUUAUUGGUAUUGAGCAAGUGGUGCCAAAGACAUUGCGGUCUAGUAGUGGGACCAUUAGGCAGGGCGAUACUGUGACUGCUCCUACGACUCCUACCCUUGCUGGUCUUGCACGCUCCGCAUCUUGGUUUGACAUGAAUUCAGGUCAUUUGCCGAUGACAUUCAGGACUCCACCAGUGAGCCCCCCAACCAGACAAAAUUUUUUGACUGGAAUGAGAAGAGUAUGCUCUUUAGAGUUUAGGCCACAUCAGCUUAAUUCUGUAGACACAGGAUUAGCUGAUCCACUUCUAGGCUCUAGUGGGUCUCCGGGGCCUAGUGAACGAAGCUUACUUCCCCAGUCGACUAUCUACAAUUGGAGCUGUGGACAUUUCUCUAGGCCUCUUCUUACUGCAGCAGAUGACAAUGAAGAAUUAUCUGCACAACGAGAAGUUAGAGAAAGAUUAGCACUGGACGGCAUUACGAAAUGCCAGCAUUAUUCUAUGAGGCAGCUCAGCCAUCAAAUUGCCAGUCUAAAUACUGGGUUUGAGGGAGAAAUAAAAACAACACUGCUCCAACCUUUCUCACCAAUUGUAAUUGCUGCAGAUGAGAUGGAAUGCAUCAGGGUCUGGAACUACGAAAAAGAUACCCUGCUAAACACUUUCAACAAUCAUGAUUUCCCUGAGAAGGGGAUUUCUAAGCUCUGCCUUGUGAAUGAGCUUGAUGACAGCUUACUUCUUGUUGCUUCAAGUGAUGGAAAUGUGCGCAUCUGGAAAGAUUACACUCAAAGGGGUAGGCAAAAGCUUGUAACAGCUCUAUCUUCUAUUCAAGGUCACAGGCCUGGUGCACGUAGUGUCAAUGCUGUAGUGGAUUGGCAACAGCAGAGUGGAUACCUGUAUGCAUCUGGGGAGAUAUCAUCCGUCAUGCUUUGGGAUCUGGAUAAAGAGCAGCUCAUUCGUUCUAUUCCUUCAGCAUCUGAAAGCAGUAUUUCGGCAUUGUCUGCUUCUCAAGUUCAUGGGGGUCAGUUGGCUGCGGGAUAUGUGGACGGUUCAAUAAGGAUAUUUGAUGUACGGAGUCCUGACAUGCCUGUUUUUACGGCAAGACCACACACUCGUAGUGUAGAAAGAGUAGUUGGAAUUGGUUUCCAACCAGGAUUGGAUCUAACCAAGAUUGUGAGUGCAUCUCAAGCAGGUGACAUAAAUUUUGUCGACAUGAGGAACAACAGGCUCCCCUAUCUUACCAUUGAUGCCCACAGAGGAUCUCUCUCUGCCCUAGCCAUACACCGCCAUGCCCCUGUCAUAGCAAGUGGCUCUGCUACACAAAGAAUCAAAGUCUUCAGCCUCAGUGGUGACCAACUCUGCUCAAUUCGAUACUAUCACACCACGUUCAUAGGCCAAAGAAUUGGACCUGUCACGUCCUUAGCCUUUCACCCCUACUCAGUUUUGCUCGCUGUGGCUUCAGCAGAUCAGUUGGUUUCUAUAUAUGCAGAUGAUACCUUCCAACCAAGGUGAAAGAAAAAGAAGAAAUAUUUGAUUCCGAAAUGGCGGGCCCCAUCAACCACCUCUCUAUUACACAGGUGCGCAUUAUUGUUCAUUGUUGUUGUGGCACAUGUGGGUCCCGCUCCUCGGCUACCUCCAUUGGGCUCACAGUGUGCAUGCGUUGGAAAGGGGUGGGGGCCUGGGCCCCACGUGUGAAUGUGUAUGUUUUUGUAUUCAUUUAAGCCUCUGUCCAGUCUGCUAGGGUUUGAUGCAGGCCUUAGAGGCUUUUACGAAUAAUAUCUGUUGCUAAGCUGGUUGCGAUAUGGGCCAAAGAAUGUAAAUAUUUUCUUCUUUAUUUUCAUGUAAUUUCCUCUUCUUUUUUUUUUACUGCCUCCUUUUUUUUGGGGUUUCCCAACUAUUUUUCCAUUGCCAUCACUUUGUGAGGGUCGGGUUAAAUUAAAUGUUGACAUUGGGGCCCAGGUAAAUAUACUGGGUCUUCCCCAUUCUU